GGGUCCGGGGCCGCCGCGGGAGCGGAGCCGAGCGGGGCCGGACGGACCAUGGCGGGGGUCCCGGGGGGGUCCCCGGCGCUGGAGGGGGGCGCGGGGCGCGUGCGGGCGCUGCAGCAGGAGGUGCAGGGCGUCACCACCAUCAUGAGCCAGAACGUGGAGAGGAUCCUGGCCCGGGGCGAGAACCUGGAGCAGCUGCACAGCAAGAGCCAGGACCUGGAGGCCACGUCGGAGCACUUCCGCACCACGUCCCAGAAGAUGGCCCGGCGCUACUGGUGGAAGAACGUGAAGCUGCUCGUCAUCCUCGGCCUCGUGGGUGUCAUCGUGCUCAUCCUCAUCAUCCUCCUGGCCACCGGCACCAUCCCCACCUAGAGCCACUGUCCCCACGGGGACACGGCCACCCCAGGGCACAAAUACAGAUGGGGGAGAGCCAAGG